ACAAUUAAAAACGUUUCUAGAAGCUAGAUAACAACGAUAACGAGAGAUUUUAAGUUCAUAAUAGUUGGCAAUGUAACUAACUUGGUCAUGUCUCGCAUCAAAUUCCCAUUCUCGCGCGCAACAGAAUUGCAUACUUAUACAUACAAACGUAAAAGAAAAAAAAAGUCCCUUCAUUCUUUGUUUGAAUUCAACUACAAAAUCAAAUAGCUUUAGCAAGGUUUUAAAUUGCGGUCGCGGCAACAACGGUGUGGUGCUGGCGGUUUUGGAAAGCUCCAAAACCUUGACAUCGCCGCAGAAAUCACUCACCGUUGUGGUCCUCAAUUUAAAACCUUGUAGUUUGAAAUUCUCUCGUUGAGGGAAUGGCGACCGGUGGCAUUAUCGAGUUCGACGUGGUUUCUGAAACGGGCGGGAGAGAACACUCGUUUAGCGCGGCUUCGAAUGCAGAAUGGGUGGAAGAAGAUGAAGAGGAGCUUCAAAUGGCAGCACUCUUCAGGCUGCCAACGCAAAAGCGUUCAAAUUUUGCAUUGGUGAGGAAAUCCUCAUCCUCAUCUGUGACCAAACCCAGAACAAUCAUGGAUGUUAGGAAGCUGAAUCGCUUUCACCGCCAACGUAUCGUUACAGAAGCUUUGAAUACCAAUGAACAAGACAAUUACAAUCUCCUUUUUGCCAUCAAGCAACGCCUCAACAGGGUUGGAAUGGAGGUUCCUAAUAUUGAAGUGAGGUACAAAAACUUGUCAAUUGAAGCUAAUGUUCAGAUUGGUUCAAGAGCUCUUCCAACUCUGUUCAAUUACACACGAGACUCUCUUGAGGGUCUUAUAACCAGUUUGGGGAUUAGUCGACCUAAGAGACAUUCUUUAAAAAUCUUGAAUAAUAUCAGUGGAGUAAUCAAACCUGGAAGGAUGACAUUGUUGUUAGGACCACCAGGAUCAGGAAAAACUACUUUACUUUUGGCACUUGCAGGAAAGCUUGAUAACAACCUCAAGAAAAUUGGAAGUAUAACAUAUAAUGGACAUGAGCAAGAUGAGUUUUGUGUUCAAAGAGCUUCUGCAUACACUACCCAAAAUGAUAGCCACAUAGCAGAAUUGACAGUUAGGGAAACAUUUGAUUUUGCAAAUAGGUGUCAAGGUUUAAAUGAUACAGGGUAUGUGAAAAAUCUGGAGGGCUUAGAGAAGGAGAAAAACAUAAUGCCAAGUCCUGAAAUUGAUGCAUUUAUGAAGGCAGCAUCUAUCGGUGGCAAAAAACACAAUGUGAUGACAGAUUAUAUUUUAAAAGUGCUUGGUCUUGAUGUGUGUUCAGAUACGGUUGUUGGCAAUGAUAUGUUAAGAGGCGUUUCCGGUGGCCAGAAAAAGAGAGUUACAACAGGAGAAAUGAUUGUUGGACCAAGAAAAGCUCUAUUUAUGGAUGAAAUAUCAACUGGACUUGAUAGCUCUACCACAUUCAACGUAGUAAAAUGCAUAAGAAAUUUUGUUCAUCAAAUGGAAGCUACAGUGUUGAUGGCUCUUCUUCAACCUGCUCCAGAGACAUUUGAGCUCUUUGAUGAUCUUUUGCUUCUGUCGGAUGGGUAUAUGGUAUAUCAAGGCCCUAGAGAAGAUGUAUUGGAGUUUUUUGAAUCAAUAGGUUUCAAGCUUCCAGCGCGCAAGGGAGUUGCAGAUUUUCUUCAAGAGGUAACGUCUAAAAAAGAUCAAGCCCAAUAUUGGGCCGAUUCUUCCAAGGCGUAUAAAUUUAUUUCGGUACAAGAAAUUGCAGAGGCCUUCAGAAAUUCCAGAUUUGGGAAGUCUGUAGAAACCAUGUGUACUGCUCCUUAUGAUAAGUCAAAAAGUCAUCCUUCAGCUUUGCCAAGAACGAGAUUUGCUGUGUCGAAUUGGGAUCUCUUUAAGGCUUGUUUAUCACGAGAACUUAUCUUGCUCAACAGGCAUAGAUUUCUUUAUAUUUUUAGAACCUGCCAGGUUAUGUUUGUGGGAGUUGUCACAAGCACAAUGUUCCUGAAAAUAAAAUAUCUUCCUAAGGAUGAGGCUUCUGGGAAUCUCUAUCAAUCUGCGCUAUUUUUCGGGUUGGUGCACAUGAUGUUUAACGGUUUCUCAGAGUUAUCUCUCACGAUAUCCCGGCUCCCUAUCUUCUAUAAACAAAGAGACAAUUUAUUUUAUCCCCCAUGGGCAUGGUCUUUAUCCACAUGGAUUCUUCAGGUUCCCUAUUCCAUUCUUGAAGCUGUUGUGUGGAGUGUUGUUGUAUACUACACUGUUGGAUUUGCUCCUGCUAGUGGAAGGUUCUUCCGCUUCAUGCUCUUGCUAUUUAUGUUGCACCAAAUGGCUUUAGGACUCUUCCGAUUUAUGGCUUCUCUUGCACGUGAUAUGGUCCUUGCUAAUACAUUUGGAUCAGCUGCAAUAAUGGUUAUAUUCUUGCUUGGAGGAUUCAUUAUCCCAAAAGGUAUGAUUAAACCCUGGUGGAGUUGGGCUUACUGGUUGUCACCUCUUACCUAUGGACAAAGAGCAAUUUCAGUCAAUGAAUUUUCUUCUACAAGAUGGAUGAUGGAUUCUAGUUUUGGGAACGACACAGUUGGUCACAAUGUCCUCAAGGAAUUCAAUUUGCCAAUUGAUGAUAAUUGGUAUUGGGUUGGUUUGGGAGUUUUAACACUUUAUUCGUUGCUCUUCAACAACUUGGUCAUUUUGGCCUUGAGCUAUCUAAAUCCACUCCGAAAACCACGAUCAGUUAUUCUUACUGAGGAUGGGAACACACAAAAGAUUUCCAAUAAAGUUGGCAAUGAAUCAACAAAAAGUUCAAAAUCUAAUGGCGGAGACCACAAAAACAAGGGAAUGAUUCUUCCGUUUCAACAAUUUACGGUGACAUUCCACAAUGUCAAUUACUAUGUUGAUAUGCCACAAGAGAUAAGGAAACAAGGCAUAAUAGAAACGAAGUUGAAACUCUUGUCAAAUGUUAGUGGGGUUUUUGCACCAGGUGUACUAACAGCAUUAAUGGGGUCAAGUGGAGCUGGAAAGACAACUUUAAUGGAUGUUCUUGCUGGAAGAAAAACUGGAGGAUAUAUUGAGGGUGAUAUUAAAAUAUCUGGUUAUCCAAAAGUACAACACACAUUUGCCAGAGUAGCAGGAUAUGUUGAACAAAAUGACAUACAUUCUCCUCAAGUCACAGUUGAGGAGUCCCUGUUGUUUUCUGCAUUAUUAAGGCUUCCAAAGGAAGUCAGCAAAGAAAAAAAGAAAGAAUUUGUUGAACAAGUAAUGAAAUUAGUAGAGCUUGAUGAUUUAAGGCAUGCUUUAGUUGGAAUGCCUGGCGCAUCCGGCUUAUCAACGGAGCAAAGAAAGCGAUUGACAAUUGCGGUGGAGCUUGUAGCAAAUCCUUCCAUAAUUUUCAUGGAUGAACCAACAUCUGGACUCGAUGCGCGCGCAGCAGCCAUUGUAAUGAGAACUAUUCGCAAUACAGUUGACUCUGGAAGAACAGUGGUUUGCACCAUACACCAACCGAGUAUUGAUAUAUUUGAAGCAUUUGAUGAGUUACUCCUUAUGAAGCAUGGAGGACGUGUUAUAUACGGGGGCAAGAUUGGCACGCAUUCAGAUGUAUUGAUAAAUUAUUUUCAGAGUAUUAGUGGAAUUUCUCCAAUUCCUGUUGGGUACAAUCCAGCUACUUGGAUGCUUGAGGUUACCACACCUGCUAUUGAAGAGAAAAUUGGCAAAGACUUUGCUGAUAUUUACGAAUGUUCUGACCAAUUUAGGCAGGUGGAAGCUUCUAUUAAACAAUAUGAACAACCUCCUGCUGGAUCACAACCACUUAAGUUUGACACGUUAUAUUCCCAAAACACAUGGUCGCAAUUUCAAAGGUGUUUAUGGAAGCAAAAUCUUGUGUACUGGAGAAGUCCAUCAUACAAUGUAAUGAGGCUAUUAUUUACCAUAAUAAGUGCUUUGAUAUUUGGUUCUGUGUUUUGGGAUAUGGGUACAAAAAGGGAAUCAACCCAACAAGUGUUUGUGAUAAUGGGUGCACUUUUUUCUUCAUGCUUGUUCCUUGGAGUGAAUAAUGCAUCUUCUGUUCAACCUAUUGUUUCGGUGGAAAGGACAGUUUUUUAUAGAGAGAAAGCAGCUGGAAUGUAUUCUCCAAUUGCAUAUGCAGCAGCCCAAGGGCUGGUAGAGAUCCCAUACAUUGCAGUUCAGACAAUAUUAUUUGGUGUAAUAACAUAUUUCAUGGUCAAUUUUGAAAAAAAUAUAGGAAAGUUUGUGCUAUAUCUUUUGUUCAUGUUCCUCACAUUUACCUACUUCACCUUUUAUGGUAUGAUGGCUGUCGGUGUCACACCCACCCAACAUUUAGCAGCUGUUACUUCUUCUGCAUUUUACUCUCUAUGGAAUCUUGUAUCAGGAUUUCUUAUUCCAAAAUUUUAUAUUCCUUCAUGGUGGAUUUGGUUCCAUUAUCUCUGCCCAGUUGCUUGGACACUACGUGGUAUUGUAACAUCUCAACUUGGUGAUGUGCAAGACAUAAUAGUGGGACCGGGAUUUAGGGGCACUGUGCAAGAGUACAUAUCUGUUACUCUUGGAUAUGAUCCUACAAUUAAUGGAGUUUCAGCAGUGUUGCUAUCAGUAAUUGUGCUUGCCUGCUUCAACAUCUUCUUCUUUGGCUCUUUUGCGAUAUCAGUUCAAGUUUUGAAUUUCCAAAGAAGAUGAUUGAAUGUUUAAAUAGUUGAGUUGAAGACUAGAUAAGCCAUUGCUGAUCAUCAUGAUGGUGAUAGUAUGAUACUUGCUUCAGAUUAAACAAUCUUCACUAUCUUCACUGCUGAGUAGUCUUGAACUGAAAAUGGACUAAGAAAGCAUCACAUGGAGUGCAAGUUUGGUGGUCGAAGAUAUACGUUGACAUGGUUCUUUAACUGUGUCACUUGAGGUGAAACUUUGUUGCACUUUGUUUUCAUUUCACAUCAAUAAUUGUAGAGGAUCCAACUUAUGUAGUCAAUUAGGAACAGAGAUUAGCAGGGUUACAAGGAUAUUGAAUAUUGUAUUUAAAAAAAAUCAAAGGUAAAUAGAUUGAAAUACACUUUAUAAUGAGUCUAGUUUUAAUGUUAUGUUA